UGGCUGGUGUUUAAAACUGAAGGUUGUCAUGACUGUUUAACUUAAACCCUAUUCUGAAGUAAAAAUAAUUGUCUUGGAAAUACUAAGUUGAGGUAACCCACAUUUGCUUUUGGAACCAUGAAAAUUUUGCUUGUUUUUGACUUUGACAAUACAAUCAUAGAUGAUAAUAGUGACACCUGGAUUGUAUAGUGUGCUCCAGAGAAAAAGCUUCCUAUUGAACUACAAGAUUCUUAUGAAAAAGGAUUUUGGACAGAAUUUAUGGGCAGAGUCUUUAAGUAUUUGGGAGAUGAAGGUGUAAGAGAAGAUGAAAUGAAAAGAGCAGUGACAUCAAUGCCUUUCACUCUAGGGAUGGUGGAGCUUUUGAACUUUAUAAGAAAGAACAAGGAUAAAUUUGACUGCAUCAUUAUUUCAGAUUCAAAUUCAGUCUUCAUAGAUUGGGUUUUAGAAGCUACCAGUUUUCAUGAUGUGUUUGAUAAAGUGUUUACAAAUCCAGCAGCUUUUGAUAGUGAUGGUCAUCUCACUGUGGAAAGUUACCAUGCCCAUUCUUGCAACAGGUGCCCCAAAAAUCUUUGCAAAAAUGUAGUUUUGGUAGAGUUUGUAGAUAAACAGCUACAACAGGGAGUGAAUUAUACACAAAUUGUUUAUAUAGGUGAUGGUGGAAACGAUGUCUGUCCUGAAUGGUAA